CAUUAUGGUUAAUAGAUAUAGUUUCAUCAAAAUUCAAAAUCCAAACAAUACACAUAUACAUAUACAGCCCAAAAAAAUGGCGCAUCCAAUCCGUAUCCCUAAUCCUAAUCCUAAUCCAUCUUCUUCUUCCAUUGAUCCGAACAGUGGUUUCUGCUCAGAGACCAAAAGCUACCACAGCAUCAGACCCCACUCUCUCCUUCCUCCCGAAACCACCUCUCUUUCAAUCACCGACUUUGUCUUCUCUCUCCUCCUCCAAAACUCUCCCUCCUCACCGGAAACCACCGCUGCACUCAUCGACGCCGCCACCCGCCGCCGCAUUCCCUAUCCCGAUGUCGUAACCCGUACCAAAACCCUAGCCGCCUCUCUUCACCACCAAAUCGGACUCUCCAAUGGCCACUCCGCCUUUGUUCUCUCCCCGAACUCAGUUCAAAUCCCGAUUCUCUACCUCUCUCUGUUCUCUCUCGGCGUUACCGUCUCUGCUUCCAAUCCGACUAGCUCCAAAUCCGAAAUUUCUCGUCAAAUCGACCUCUCCAAACCGGUUAUCGCCUUCGCUAUCUCCGACACCGCUCACAAUCUCCCCUCACUUCUCCACCGUACGAUUAUUCUCGAUUCGCCGGAGUUCGAGUCCAUGAUGACGAAUCGAACUCGAAAAUUUCAUCGAAUUAGCGUUUCUCAGUCCGACACGGCGGCGAUUCUCUACUCCUCGGGAACUACCGGCAAAUCCAAAGGCGUGGAGCUGAGUCACCGGAACUUCAUAUCGUCGUUGGCCGGAUCACAAGCUUCUCGUCCGGUGAGAUUUUCGCCGGCGGUUAGUUUCUGUGCGGUUCCGUACUUCCACGUGUACGGAUUUCUGUUGUGUGUGACGGCGGUGGCCAUGGGGGAGAGUUUGGUGUCUUUUGGGAGGUUUGAUGUAGGGAUGAUGAUCAGAGCGAUUGAUGAGUUUAGGGUCACACGAGUGGCCUUGGCCCCACCUGUUAUUGUUGCGAUGGUGAGAAAGGGUGAUUUGAUGGACGGCGGCCACGAUUUGAGUUCGCUGGAGGUGGUGGGGUGCGGCGGAGCUCCGCUGCCGAACGCCGUUAUUGAGAGGUUUAAGAAGAGGUUUCCCGGGGUGCUAGUAGCGCAGUCAUAUGGUCUGACAGAAUCAACUGGCGGAAUAUCGCGAACGAUAGGUCUAAUUGAAAGCCAAAUUUUAGGGUCAUCCGGCCGUCUGAUGUCAUAUUGCCAAGCCAAAAUUGUAGACGUUGAGACCGGUAUCAACUUACCUCCUUUCAAGCAUGGGGAACUUUGGGUUGGAGGCCCAUACAUAAUGAAAGGCUACGUUAAUGACAAAGAAGCAACUGCAGCUAUUAUGGAUUCAGAGGGAUGGUUAAGAACUGGGGACAUCUGUUAUUUUGACAAUGAAGGAUUCUUAUACGUGGUGGACCGUAUAAAGGAGUUAAUCAAAUACAAAGGCUAUCAGGUUGCUCCAGUGGAGCUGGAAAAUCUACUUCAAACCCAUCCACAUAUUGUUGAUGCUGCCGUGGUUCCGUACCCAGAUGAGGAAGCAGGUCAAGUACCCAUGGCCUUUGUUGUAAGACAACCUGAGAGCACUAUUGAUGAAUCACAGAUCAAGGAUUUUAUUGCAAGACAGGUGGCUCCAUACAAGAAAAUAAGGAGAGUAUUAUUCAUUGAUUCAAUACCCAAAAAUGCUCCUGGCAAGGUGUUGAGAAAAGAAUUGAUCAAGCUUGCAUUAUCUGAUUCUGGUGUUUCCUCCAAGUUAUAACUCUUUCUUAGUUCUUGUUUGUUUAUUUAUUAAUGUGUUAAAAAUAAAAAGAAGUUAUUUGGAAGGGAAGAAAAUGUAAACAUCUUUCUUUGUAAUCAUUGCAAUCAAAAUAAUACAUCAGCUGUCCUCUCCAUUUGUGAAGA